GCAGUCGCGCUAGCGGCGCCGAAGCAGCGACAGCAUCAGUAUAUAGUAGUACCCAACACGCACACACUCGUUCACAGUCUCCUCUCCUCGCCGCGCGCUCAUGUCCGUGUUUCGCGCGCGCGCAGCACACCGCCGAACGAUCGCACAUUCCCAUCAGCAGAGCAGCUCUCUCGCUCGCUCGCGCUCACCUAUUAGUCAGCAGGCGUCGACGAACGGCAAGACGUGCGCGGGAUCAGCUGGUUUGUGUCCCGCUAUCGAAUCCUAACCGACGACUAGUCUCCGCAUCCUCGACAUGUUCUCGCUACAGAGGAGCCUGCUGUCGUGUGGGAGGAAUGGCUGCGGCGCGAGGGCGCGGGCGCUGCCGGCCGUCAGCUCCAGCAUGGAUGUCCAGCAGCGCAGGGACAUCCACGAGGUCCAGGGUGACGUCAUACCCAUCAACAUGGUCAAGGGCAUCGGCCAUCUGCGAGACCCCCGGCUAAACAAGGGAUUAGCCUUCACAUUGGAGGAGAGAAUAGCACUGGGAAUCCACGGGCUCCAGCCGCCGAGAUUUAAAACCCAAGAGGAGCAACUGGCUCUCUGCAAAGCUUCCGUAAUGAAGUACACGGAGGAUCUGAACCGCUACCUCUACCUCGUCGAGCUGCAGGAGCGAAACGAGCGGCUCUUCUUCCGGCUGCUGAAGGAGAACAUCGAGCAGAUGAUGCCCAUCGUGUACACGCCGACCGUCGGUCUCGCCUGCCAAAAGUUCGGUGUUAUAUACCGCAGGCCGCGCGGCCUCUUCAUCACCAUCUACGACAAGGGUCACAUCUACGAGAUCCUCAAUAAUUGGCCGGAGCAGGCGGUGCGGGCGAUCUGCGUGACGGACGGCGAGCGGAUCCUGGGUCUCGGCGACCUGGGCGCCUGCGGCAUGGGCAUUCCCGUGGGAAAGCUGGCCCUGUACACGGCGUUGGCGGGAAUCAAGCCGCAUCAGUGCCUGCCCAUCACCAUCGACGUCGGCACCAACAACGAGCAGCUGCGCAACGAUCCGCACUACAUCGGCCUGAGCAAGCCCAGGACCUUCGGCCCCGAGUACGACGAGCUGCUCGACGAGUUCAUGUGCGCCUGCGUCAGGAAGUACGGCCAGAACGUGCUCAUCCAGUUCGAGGACUUCGGCAAUCACAACGCCUUCAGGUUUUUGGACAAGUACAGGAACAAGUACUGCACGUUCAACGACGACAUCCAGGGCACCGCUGCCGUCGCUGUUGCCGGGAUUCUCGCCAGUCAGAGGCUCACCAACAAGCCCAUGCGCGAGAACAAGUUCGUCUUCCUCGGUGCUGGAGAGGCCGCUAUCGGAAUAGCGGAUCUGUGCGUCAAGGCGCUGGAAGCCGACGGAUGCUCGAAGGAGGAGGCACGCAAUAACAUUUGGAUGCUGGACAUCAAUGGUCUGCUGACCACCACCCGAACCGAGGGUGACUUGGACGGGCACAAGAUUUACUACGCCAAGGAUCACCCGCCCAUGAAGAGCCUUAUCGAGGUCGUUAGGAAAGUCAAGCCAUCGAUUCUCAUAGGCGCUUCGGCAGCGGCCAACACGUUUACCCCCGAGGUUUUGCAAGAGAUGGCUAAAAAUAAUGAGAGGCCUUUGAUCUUUGCACUGAGCAAUCCAACAAGCAAAGCCGAGUGCACAGCCCAGGCUGCGUACGAGCACACGCAGGGAAGGUGUAUAUUCUCGUCUGGCUCGCCGUUCGGAGAAGUCAAAUAUAACGGAAAAAUCUUCAAACCGGGACAAGGCAACAACGCCUAUAUCUUCCCUGGCAUCGCUCUGGGCGUAAUCGCGACGGGCUGCCAUCACAUCACCGAGGAGAUGUUCCUGCUCUCGGCCCAGGAGGUCGCGAACAACGUGUCGGAUGCGGACUUGGAGAUGGGCAGUGUUUACCCGCCCUUGAGUACUAUUCAAGAGUGCUCCAUUGACAUUGCCUGCAAAAUUGCGGACUAUGCCUACAAACACGGUAAUUUGGCUAGUGAAUACCCAGAACCAAAGGACAAGCGAUCGUUCAUCAUGAGCAAAAUGUAUGACUGCAACUACGACAGCCCACUUCCAAACAUGUAUACGUGGCCCGAAGACUUUUCCACUCCCCGUAUCUUGCCGGAAAAUUUUGAAAGUAGCUAUUUUGUAUGAGACCGGGACAGGAACGAACAGCAUCAGAAUAGUUAAAAUUUUUAAAUCACUUCAAAUGGUAAAUCUGUUUUAAGUUUUCGAAAUUAUCGUUCUUAACAGAAUAUGCAAUUUCAUGUAACAACGUGUAUUUAAAAUGUUUUUGUAUAUAUGUAUAUACAUGCCCUUCUGUUUUUUACUGUCCUGAUCUUUCCUGAUGAAAUAUUUACCCAGUCACAAAGUAAGUCACAGCAACUCGUAAAUACAAAUCUGGCAUGAUUGUGAUGUGUUAAUUUAUUUAAUCUAUUCUAUGUGUUUUUUUGCAAGUGUCCACGCGCACGAUAUGAAUCGAUAAGUGCACUAAAAAGAACUAAACAAAAAGCGCAUCCACACCGCCAGCAUGACAUACAAAACAAUAACUAAUAAUCUUUGCUUCGCUCAGAGUAAUGUAUGUUAAUUAUAGCAAACAUACAACACAUGGUAUUAAAGAAAAAACAGAGACAGCACAAAAGUGUCGAAAGUUCAACGUUUUGAUGCACUAACCUAUAUGAUUUUCUUAUUCCAACAGCUUGUAACGUGCUGACGAUGUUGACAUGCAAGACAAGAAGCAAAAAAUUCGCUCUAAUGCAAAGUAAAAAAAACGUGCUUACACACAUAGGAAGAUUGUUUGGUGCCGCACGCAAUCGGUCGAUUGUUAACAAGUUCUAGCGUUUAUUAUUUACACCCUAUUGCAACGGUUUAUUGAGCAGAACAGAUUUCGACUGUACCGCGAAAUCUCAAUGUAUAAUUCCAAACAUUGAAGCUUACAUUGGAAAAGAGAUUGUUGUAAUGAGCAAAGAAAAUUCUCUUAUUUUAUUUGCAUAUUGUGUUUACCGAAUCAUCAUCGACUAGACUGUAUUUAUGUAAAAUUGAAGCGCGACGUGCAUGCCAUAUUAUCAUUUUUAUUUUCGAACAACGCGCUGAUAGCCAUUAAAUUUUAGUAUUUUAUGCAAACAAAUAAGUUGAUUGAAUAGAGGCCAAUUAUAUUCAGUAUAAUUAAUAGAAACAUGGCAAGAAUAAAGCAAUGAAAAUGGAAAAAAUCUACUUUUUAAAUGAUCUAAAUACUAUAAAGAUGUCUGUAGCAUUGUUAAAUACUUUUAGACGUUUUUCCCUAAAGACCAAUAUAUGUCUGUAUACUGUAUUUAUGAAUCCUUUAAAAAUGUGUUCAAACUAAACUAAAUAAAUAAAAAAAAUUUUUAAUAUUAAAUAAUGUAAUAUUUUAACAACCUGUUGUUGAGAGUACUCUAAUUGUACCAUUACUGUAAUAAUUACAAAAUCAACUUUUCAAAAAAAAAGAAAGACUUAUUAUCAUGUGGUUAAAUAAUAUAUAGCUGGAAAAACUUUGUGAAAUUUUCAUAAAUGAUUUUUUUGUGCAAGUGUUGAUUGUCGCGCUUCAAUUGUAUUACGUGCUUGCCGUUGGCUAUAAUGUAAUUAAGGCUUUUUUAUGCGAUAAAAGACGUAGGAAACACAAAAACGACAUGUGUAAUGUAUUUCAUUUUCUAUAAAUCGUUGACUGACUGAAGACCGCAUGAGAGCCGUUAAUUGUGAUUUAUAAAGCAAAAUAAGAAUAUGAAUAAAUCACUCAAAUGAUUUACGACAACAGUAUUUUUUGUACAUACGUAUACUUCUUACAAAAAAGCUGAUAAUUGAAGACAGCAUUAUUAACUUUAUGUAUUCAAUUUUACGGCGGAUAUAAACGCAAAACAGAGUCUUCUGUUAAUAUGUGGUUCCUACGAAUAAGUAAAAAUAAAAUAGAAAAUUUUAGUUAGCAAAUGUCAAAUGUAUAAGUUUCUAUUUAAUUUUAUUGCAGUAAACAAAAAAUUAGUUAAGUAAAAUGACUUUCUUUGGGUAAAAAUCGUAAUGAUACAGCAGUUGGCGCAACUUUAAAUCAUUUGAAAGUACAUAUAACAUUCACUUUAUAUUCGCGAAAUCAACCUUUUUCUAUUGUUGCGCUACAUCCUUUACAGGAUGGGAAAGAAAAAACAUUGUAAAACAAAUAAAUAUAAAACGUUAAUCGUUCUUAAAAA